UCUCUCUCUCUCACACACACACACACACACACACACACAAAAGAAAGAAAGAUGGGAGGAGCCAUUAAGACAAAACACACUCAACCCUAGAAAUGCAUGGACUAAUUUUUUGUCAAACUUUCUUCAUAAAGGUUAGGCUAGCAGUUGUCAUUCAAAGCCACAUAAUCUCUCUCUCUCUCUCUCUCUCUAUAUCAACAUAAAAAUAAGACAAAUAGCCCUCAACCAAUCUCCUUGUCAAAGCUUAAAUAAAGACUUUAACCAAAGCUCCUGUCAAAGCUCUGUUCUCCUCUCCUCCUCUUAAUAUUCCCUAUGUCUGAAGAGCCCAGAGAUCUUUACUAUCACUACCUAUUCCAUGAUGAUCGAAAUGGCAACUGUGAAACCGAUUUCUCACUCUCGGGCAACACUUCUUCUUAUAUGUAUACUCACAAGGCUUCCUCCAUAGCCGAUUCAUCGGCUCACAAUCUAGGGUUUGAACCUUCUUCAUACAUGAGCCCUAGUGAUCAGUGUUUACAAGGAUCCACAGACUAUAACACCCUUGCAAGAGCCUUUGGCUUGUCGCCUUCUUCUUCUUCAUUUUCUACACUCAGAGAUGAGCAAAAGGCGCCAGUGGUGGAAGCCGGAGACCUAGUUGGUGGUAAUGAAACUCCGGUCACUCCAAACUCUUCCGUCUCGUAUUCGUCCACUGAGGCCGGUGGCGAUGAGGACUCUUCCAAGAACAAGAAAGAGCAGCAGCCAAAAGGUUCAGAAGAUGGUGGAGAGAGCUCUAAGACUGUGAACAAACCAAAAAAGAAAGGAGAGAAAAAGCAGAAAGAACCAAGGUUUGCUUUCAUGACCAAGAGUGAAGUUGAUCAUCUAGAAGAUGGAUAUAGAUGGAGAAAAUAUGGACAGAAAGCAGUCAAGAAUAGCCCUUAUCCCAGAAGCUAUUAUCGGUGCACUACUCAAAAGUGUACUGUUAAGAAACGUGUGGAGAGGUCAUUCCAGGAUCCAUCAAUUGUGAUCACUACAUAUGAAGGGCAGCAUAACCAUCCCAUACCCGCGACACUGAGAGGAAAUGUAGCCGGAAUGCUGUCCCAUCCGAUGCUAACACAGUCACCGAUGGCUGGGCUGAGCUUCCCUCAAGAACUGAUGCUUCAGAUGCCUCCUCAUAUGUACAACCAUGGUGGCGCAAACUCUAUCUAUCAGCAGGCUCUAACCCCAUUUCAGCAGCUUCAAGCACUUCCGGACAAUGGACUUCUCCAAGACAUGCUUCCUUCAAUGCUGCAUAAACAAGAGCCAUGAAUCUCUCUGAUAUCGAUCUCUUUCUCUCUAAAAAGGUUUAACCCCCCCUCUUCUGAUCGAAACUUUAACUUCCAGACCAAGGGCUUUUAUAUAUAUAUAUAUAUAUCCCAAGAGACUCUCUCUCUAUCUCUCAUACUCGUAGUUAAACUUUUAGUAGUAUGCAUCUGUAAUUCAUGUUUUUUUUUUUUUUUUUGGUUAACUAUCUGUAAUUCAUGUUAUAUAAUAGAGUUACUUAAUUUUCUUGAA